AUGACAUGGUGCCGCGUGCCACAGAGCAAAAAAAGGUGCUGUUGGAUGGCCCACGCCAUGAACGAAAAAAAAAACAAAGGGAAAAGGGAUUCACCACACCCUCAUGAUAAAGACAAAUUCCGCUAUGGUGAUGUGUUAAGGCGUUCCCCUACCGCCAUGUGUGCUGUGAAAAGGAGAUCCAUGGGAAAUGCAGAAAAGGAAAAGCAAGAUAAUAAGAACAUUUCGCCCCAUAAGAACAUUUCGCCUCAUAGGUGUUUUUGGUUUGUUGGCACCCCACCGCCUGCCCCACCACUACAAUGUGUGAAGUAUGUUUGGCUUCCCUGGGAGAUGGAAGUGGACAAGCUGGGCGCCGCAAUAAGACAGGCGCCGUUGCCAAAGGCGAGCCGUGGUUGGCAUCAGAGGUCCGCGGCACCUACCCCAAGAUGUUGGCAAAAAAAAAAACAUUGA